CCGUUUGUUCCAGAGAUGCUCGAAGCAAACAGCUCCAACAUCUGCUUGAAAAGGUUAACAAUAUGAGUCAGACCAUCGAGCUGUUGGAGCAGCGAACUCACAGAGACGUUCAGUUUGUGGAGAAAAUGGAAAUUGAGCUGAAAGGUCUGGAAAACAAAUUCAAGGAGGUUGAGGAUGGACACGAAAUCAACACCGCCAGACAGUUCAAGGGACAUGGAAAGUUUGCUAAAGAUAUAUGGUGGGUGAAGUACUCCUUUUAAAAUCCAGAAGGGAGUCUGGCAGGGCUACCCUCUAUCUGGUAUGCCGUACUCUUUGGCCAUUGAACCCCUCCUGCACAAACUGGUACGACAUCUUUUCAUGCUUCACUCCCUCUGGUUGUAAACAGAUUUUUAGAUUAUCUGCGUACCCUGAUAAUAUUUUUGUUCUUGUUGCAGAACAAGAGGAUAUAAAUAUCCUCAUUAACACCGUGAAUAGUUGUGGUUUACUGUCCUCCAAGGUCAACUGGCAGAAAGGUGAAAACAACUUAACUUUAACAACCAGCGAUGAGCUGAGUAGAAAACUUGUUUUACCAGAGGGGUUAGUCUGGAAGAGAAUAGGUUUUAAAUACCUCAGAGAUCACUCAGUUGUUACUGGAAAUUAUGACAAAGUACUUGAAAUGGUUGAAGGACGGCUCAGGAGAUGGAAAUUUAAACCAUGUGCUCCAGUGAUCAACAACUUGCUGUCCUCCAUAAUGUGGCAUUGACUGACCUGUGUGGAUCCCCCCGGCUGGUCUGCUUGCCCAAAUUCAAAUGGUAUUGGUGGACUUUUUCUGGAAUUGUCUGCACUGGGUUCCGCAGAAUGUUUUGUUCCUUCCAAAAAACACAGUUGGACAGGGGAUGAUGAAGACCAGGUUGAAAAUAUAAUUUCAGUUUGUAUAGCUCAACUAACAAUGUGAAAAAAAGUGUGUGAGUGCUUAAACAAUGUUUUAUGUUCUGUUGAUGAGCAGAUUUUUGCACCCAUUCUCAGUCAAACUGUGGUUUUUGUUUUUAUUUAUUCUUUCUUUUGACAAAUUUGGUAGCUGAAUUAAGAAAAGAAUUAAACAAAUGAAAAAAAAAAGAAGUUAGGGUUGUGGUUAACCUGUGGCUAGGGGCUACCCUAACCCCAGCCCCUCUCUGUCUCUCUCUGACUCAGUCUAUCAGAUCAAAGAUGGAGGAGCUCCGUCCUCUGAUUCGGGUGCUGGAGUCCUAUAAAGCUGAUGUUCUGCUUGUAGCUCAGUUUAAGGAUGAAGCAGCAAAUGUGACGAAGCAGCUGGAGUCUCUUCAGGAGACACUGAGCGGACUCGACUAUCAGGAGCUGCAGAGCAGAGUUGUGAACCUGGAGGACAGGCUCAGAGCCUGCAUGCAGAGACUGGCUUGUGGGAAACUAACAGGAGUCUCUGAGCCAAUCACCAUCAAGACAUCCGGCUCCAGGUUUGGAUCAUGGAUGACUGACCCACUGGCUCCACCUGGAGACAACAGAGUGUGGUAUAUGGAUGGUUACCAUAACAAUCGCUUUGUUAGGGAGUAUCAGUCGAUGUAUGACUUCAUGAUGACAGAUAACUUCACCUCUCAUCGUCUGCCUCAUCCCUGGUCUGGGACUGGUCAGGUGGUUUUUAACGGAUCUAUUUACUUCAACAAGUUCCAGAGUCACACCAUAAUCAAGUUCGACUUCAGGACGUCACUCAUCAGCCGCUCUCGACAGCUCGACUUCGCCGGCUACAACAACAUGUACCAUUAUUCCUGGGGGGGGCACUCAGAUAUUGACCUAAUGGUAGAUGAGGGCGGGCUCUGGGCUGUCUAUGCCACUAAUCAGAAUGCUGGAAACAUCGUCCUCAGCCAGUUAAACGCAAAUACUUUGCAGAUUAUACGCAGCUGGACCACUAACCACCCAAAACGCAGUGCUGGCGAGGCAUUCAUGAUAUGUGGAACCCUGUAUGUUACUAAUGGUUACUCUGGUGGAACCAAAGUGUACUAUGCAUACUCCACUAACUCAUCAACAUACGAGUACAUCGACAUUCCCCUGACUAAUAAGUACAGUCACCUGUCCAUGCUUGACUACAACCCUCGAGACAGAGCACUGUAUGCCUGGAACAAUGGUCACCAAGUUCUUUAUAAUGUGACACUAUAUCACAUUAUACAGUAAAAAUAAUCAUAUGUAACAAUGAAAAUCACUUCAGUUCACUAUUAUAUUACAUCCAUUCACAUUAUUUAUUCAACAUUAAGAUGAUUGAGUGAAUUCAGUUUAUUCUGAAGAAAAUCUUCAGGUUCAGAGGUUGAGUCUCUCACCUCAUAAAGACUGAAAAGUCACCACGAUCCAUCAAAGUCCUCAUCAAUUAAGUCUAAUCCUCGCAACUACUUUUAUUCCACUAUGUAACGAGUUAGAAAAACUGGUUUUAGUUUGGGUAAUUACAGAUGCUGUUUCCUGUCACUGCAGUCUGUGGUUAUUGGUCAACACCUUACUCAACUAAAUGCUGUUUAAAUUACAUGUCAUAAAUCAUAUGUUAUGGAUUAUGUUUGGCUUGGUGUAGUUAGUUAAGUUAGUUUACUUUUCUUUUUGCUGUCUUUGUGAGAAUUAAGACUGAACUCAUCGUCACAUCUGGCCUAGAGCUUGUCGACUGUUAACGUAGAUUAUUGAUGUCGUUUAAAAAUGAAUUUAAAGGUAAACUUUGAUCAGUUGAUGUUUUUUAGGGAUAGGGUUUUACACACAAAUGCACUAAAAAGUAAUCCCAACCCUAAUCCACUAAUACAAUCACACAGAAAAAUCUUUGUCAAUAAGAGACAUAAAAAGUUUUAAGAAUUAGAUGUUUUACUCUGAAGAGUGCUUUUUUAUGAUAUUUAAAUGUGUGUAUUUUUUUCCUUAAUGCGACAUUUUCUCACUUUGGGAAAAACAA